GGUCUUUUCCCGCCAGCUUGCGGAAGAUUGGAGUUCUUGGAAAGACUACGAAAAAGAUCGGUUUCUACUGCAGUUUCUGAGGUUGUGGGCGGGAGAAUGCAGAAUCGUCGCUCAUGUCCCAGAUUAGGGAAAGGUUUUUCUCUGUCCCAAGUCAAAUCGCGAUCUGUCUCGGGUACUAAAGCGUUUGAGGCGACUUUAUUUGAUCCUGAGCCUUUCAGUUAAAUAAUGAAAGAUAGCAAGGAGCCAUAUUUUGUGAAAUUUGUAAAAACUCCGGAAAGUUCAGAGUGUUUUCUUCAAGCCCUUGAGUCCAUCAAAGAAUUUCAGUCAGAAGAAUGUCUGAUUCUUGAUAAGGAAGCUGCACUUAGAAUACAAGAGAAUGACAAAUCCCUUUAUAUAUGCGAUCAGUUUAGUGACAUUGUUUUUAAUCAUCUUCAAAAGCUUGGUUGUAGGAUUGUGGGACCACAGGUAGUUAUCUACUGCAUGCAGAAUCAACGAUGUGUUCCAAAGGCUGACCAUCCAGUAUUUAAUAUGACAAUGGCUGAUGUAACAAUAUCUUGUACAAGUCUUCCAAAGGAAACAAGGGAGGAAGUCCAUGAAUAUGUACAGUUGAUGGGUGGUCGUGUAUACAGAGAUCUUAAUGUGUUAGUAACCCACCUUAUAGCUGGAGAAGUUGGAAGCAAGAAAUACUUAGUCGCUGCUAAUUUAAAAAAACCCAUUUUGCUUCCCACUUGGAUAAAAGCACUAUGGGAUAAAUCACAGCACAGUCUUGUUUUCAAAAGGAUCACUAGAUACACAGAUGUAAAUAUGGGAGAGUUUCUGUGUCCUCCAUUUCUUGGCUGUACAAUCUGCGUAACUGGUUUAAGCAGUAUGGAUAGACAAGAAGUCCAGCGUCUCACCACUGAGAAUGGUGGUCAAUAUACAGGGCAACUGAAGAUGAAUGAAUGUACCCACCUUAUUGUUCAAGAACCAAAAGGCCAGAAAUACGAAUGUGCAAAACGGUGGAAUGUUCAUUGUGUAUCCAUGCAGUGGUUUUUUGACAGCAUUGAAAAGAGAUUUUGCCAGGAUGAAUCAAUGUAUUUGAUAGUUCCUAGCACAAACCAAGAUAGCGCACCAAGCACUUCAACUCCUACAAGUCAAGCUAGCAAGCCAGACAGUCGAACACUUUCGGAUGUUAGUCAUAUUUCAAAUAUCAACUUAAGUGACAUUAAUGAAACAUCAUGUAGUUCUAUUUUGAAUAGCAGACUGGAUCCUUCGCCUGAUGAUCUGAACAACCUGAAUAUUAGUUCUUUGCAAGCACGUGAGGAUUUACUGGAUGGAUGCCGAAUUUAUCUUUGUGGCUUUAGUGCCAGAAAAUUAGAUAAAAUGAAAAAGCUGAUUAACUCUGGUGGUGCUGUUCGUUUUAAUCAACUAAAUGAAGAUGUGACACAUGUUAUUGUGGGGGAUUGUGAUGAUGAAUUAAAACAAUUUUUGAAGAAGACAGAACGGAGUAACAGGCCACAUGCUGUGACAGUACAAUGGAUUUUGGAAUGCUUUAGAAAAGGUUAUUUAAUACCUGAAGAGCAAUAUGCCCCUGCAAGUUAUCAACAAGCGAAUAUUCCAUCUUCUGAGGCGCCUUUCAUCUUAAAAAAAAAUAACAUGUUGAAGAAAGAACAUGUGAAUACUGUGGCAGCUGCAGAUAUUGAUGAAGAAUUGCUAUCUCAGUAUGUUACUCAUGAUUCCAAAGUAGUUCAUUUUGAUGACCGCAUUGAAACGGAUCAUACUGUAUUUCAAGAUGGAAAAGAGGUCACAGUUAGUUCGUUGGCAGAGUCUUCUUUAGUUGUUGAAGGAGCCUUAUUCAGUGGAAAGAAGUUUCUGAUUCUUGGUUUUAGUAAAGCAGAUGAAUCUUGCAUUAAAGCUCUGAUUGAAGAGAAUGCUGGGAAGGUUCUGCUCCAGGAAAAAAGAGUAAUUGCUGAUUAUGCUGUUGUUCCUCUUCUGGGAAACAAGGUCGUAUCAACUGUAGAAGAUGUGGUUACAAACACAUGGCUGGUGAUGUGUAUAGAACAACAGACUCUGAUAGAUCCUCAAUCAAGUCCACUUUUCAGCCCAGUGCCAGUGAAGGAAGGAGCCACCCCAUUACAGCAUUUUGUGUUGUCUUUCAGUCAGUUUAGUGGAGCAGAGAGAGAAUCUUUAAUAUGUUUGGCAAGUCAGCUUGGGGCAAGAGUUCAGGAAUUCUUUGUGAGAAGAGCCAACCCAAAGAAAGGAAUGCUUGUCAGCACUCAUCUGGUGCUAAAACAGCCAGAUGGCUCUAAAUAUGAAGCAGCAAAGAAGUGGAAUCUUCCUGCCAUUACUAUGGCUUGGCUAUUGGAGUCUGCUAGGAUGGGAAAAAAGGCUGAUGAAAGCAAAUUCCUGAUUGAGAAUAUAGACAACAAAGAUAAACAAAAGAACUUUACAAAUUCUUCAGAAGAAAUGGAGACAAGUAUUGCACCUACAAAUAUAUCUGAUUAUCCUAGUAAUGUCCUUGAAACUGGAAAGGUAACAACAGUGACACCCCUGGAUGUGAAUCGUUUCCAAAGUAAAGCUUUCCAAAGUGUUAUUUCACAGCAUAUUGGUAAAAAUUCUAGCCCUCCAAUUGGAAGCAAAGUAGUACAGAAGGAACCCUCUCUGCAUCUGGACACACCAUCUAAAUUUUUAUCGAAAGACAAGCUCUUUAAACCUUCUUUUGAUGUCAAGGAUGCUUUGGCAGUUUUGGAAACUCCAGAUGCUCCUAACCAAGAAAAUACAAAUCUAAGUACUCCUCUUUCAGAAGUCAUUGGCAGGAAUUUAAAACUAGCUUUGGCCAACAGCACACGUCAAACAGUUGCUAUCACUGCCAGUCCGCAGCUAAGAGCUUCAAGCUGGCAAAUGGAAGAAGAAUCAAAACCUUUAGCGGAUGUUGUCAUAUGUGUGAGUAAGAAGCUCAGUAAAAAGCAGAGUGAAUUGAAUGCUAUUGCUGCAUCUCUUGGAGCUGAGUACAGGUGGUGUUUUGAUGAAACUGUAACACAUUUCAUCUACCAGGGAAGGCAAAAUGAUAACAACCGAGAAUACAAAUCUGCUAAAGAAAGAGGCAUAUAUAUUGUUUCAGAGCAUUGGCUCUUGGAGAGUGCACAAGAAUACAAACGAUUAGCUGAAUCUCUUUAUCCUCAUACAUAUAAUCCUAAAAUGAGUUUGAAUAUUAGUGGUGUGGAAGAUGACAGAUUCUCACAAAGGCUUGAUGCUGCUGGAAAAGAAGGGAAAGGAGACAAAAAUAAGUCACUGAAUGAUAAAGAUACAAAAAAAGUUAUUCUUGAUCAAAUAAAUGAGGUUGAACAAAAGGAGCAUGAACCAAAAGGAGUUUUAACACAGACACUGGAAAUGAGGGCAACCUUUCAGAAGCAACUCCAAGAAAUCAUGACUGCCACAUCAUUAGUAAAGUUGCAAGGACAAAGGAACUCUUUAUCUCGGAAUGGUUUUGAGAAUCCUCCAUCAACUCCAGAUGGACCCCGUUCUGCUCGUAAUUGUCGCAGUAGAAUUUUGGAAGCUUUAAGGCAGUCACAUCAUGGAGCAACUGAUGUCAAUACUGAGCCAUCCCAGAAUGAACAGAUAAUUUGGGAUGAUCCUACGGCAAGAGAGGAGAGAGCAAGGCUUGCCAGCAACCUACAGUGGCCUAAUAGUCCUUCACAGUAUUCAGAACAAAUUCAAACUACCGCAGUGCCCCCAGGAGACCUUUCAGUUAGAAAGUCUUUGAGUGAUACAGAUAUUAUUGAAAUAGGGAUUAAUGAUUCAACGAAAAUUGAUUCAGUAGGGGUCGCAAGUCUUCUAAUUAGAAAUCCAGAAACAUCAAUAAAAGAAGAUCAUCUGAUCCCAACUCCAUUGGCUCCUGCUAUUGCUUUUCCAUUGGCAAAUCCUCCCGUCGCUCCCCAGCCAAAAGGAGAUGUCACUAAAAUUGACCAAAGGGACUAUGAAGAACCAACAAAGAUGCACAGAUUUCAGCUCUCUUCUCUUAAUCCUCAAGAACGAAUUAAUUAUUACCAGCUAAUUGAAGAACUAGGGGGAGUGGUGUUGGAGAAGCAAUGCUUUGAUUCGAGCUGUACACACACAAUUGUGGGACAGCCUCUUCGCAAUGAGAAAUUCUUGGCUUCAAUGGCAGCAGGAAAAUGGGUGCUUCAUCGUUCCUAUUUGGAAGCAUGCAGAGCAGCACACAGCUUUGUAAAGGAGGAAGAUUAUGAGUGGGGAAGUAACUCUAUACUUAGUGUACUGACUGGAAUCAAUGUAGUUCAGAAGAAGUUAGCAGUUGCAGCAAUGAGAUGGAGAAAGACAAUACAACGACGGAGAGAGCAAAACAGCUCUGCUGAGGGAGCAUUUGGUGGUUGGAGAGUUAUUUUGAAUGUUGAUCCAGCGAAGGAAUCAGGCUUCAAGCGUCUUCUAGAAUCAGGAGGUGCAAAGGUGUUAUCUGCAUAUUCUCCACCUAUCUUUAGAGAAGUUACUCAUUUUUUUGCUGAUCUUAAUAAACUAAAGCCAGAAGAUUUGAGAAUUAAUAUAAGAGAGGCUACAGCUAAAGGAGUGAAUUGUCUGAAGCCAGAAUACAUUGCUGACUACCUGAUACAGGAACCACCACCUUCAAUGGAAAACUAUCAUUUACCAGAAGCUGCUGCUUAUCUUCAGAAUAGUAAAAUACUUGGAAUUGGGUUGUCUCAAAAACGUAAAGCUGCUGAAGAAAAGCAUACAGCAAAGAGAUCCAGAAUUCACUGAAGCAACUAAUCUGAAAAUAUAAAAUUUCUAUUUGUUUUCCUUUCCAAGAUAAAAGAUACUAAUUUUUGUUAUAUUUUUGUUAUAUUUUUGUGUAUCUUGGAUUUUAAGAAAUAAUAACUGCAACUUUUUCAAAAGUAAACUUCUGCAACUUUUAUUACAGCUUUGGAGGAAUAUGUAUUUAGAUUCGCAUGGUAUUUGAAGUGUACUUUAUUCAGUAAAUGCAUUAAAAAACCUUUAGAUAGAACACACAAGGCCAUCUAAUGUAACUUUUGCCUGCGUUUUGUCUUUUCUUAUUGGUUUCCACAAGACAAUUUUAUAAUGUUAUAUAAUAUAUAACAUUUAUAUAGGUUGCUAUACCAGCUUAUAUUAGGAAAGGACAUAGCCCCAUUGAAGUUUUUCCCGCUUUUAUAGUUCAUCUUUUCUAAAAACAUGCGCAUUAGCAGUUUCAAUGGAGAGAAUGGUUACGCAUCUCUAAAAAGAUAGAACAUUAUCUUCCAGACCAAAGGUCAUCUGAUUUUUAAAAUUAAAUAGAAUUCAGACUUGCCUAACCAAAAUUUCAGACUUUAUUUUGUUUCCAAAUAACUUGCUUAUUAACUAGGAUUUAAUUUAUAUAACGCUCUAAUUUUGACAUGUUUAAAGUAUUCUCCCAGUUCUUUCAAUUGUUAAAUCAAUGUUUUAAUAGCAGUAUCAAGGAAUCUAUAUGCAGCAAGUAUCAGCCACAUCUGAAACAGUUUAUUUAAAUUGGCCUUCUGUUCAUUUAUAUCAUUAGCAGUAGUGGGAAUAGCAAGAUUUUAAGUAACAGCUACUUUGCAGAAAUGAAGGAGAGAUCAUUCACUGUCUCCUUACAAAAUUCUAUUGGGUUUUCACUUUUCAAAAAUGAUUUCAAAAAAGUGCAAAUGAGAAAAAAACAAUAUUUGGAGACUUGGAAAUUAAGAUUUAGAUUAUAUUCUUUAAUAGUAAAAGUAAAACUCAACCUGAUGUUUGCUAUUUGUUUUUAAAGAAACUACCUUGUGUCUACAGUAAAUAAAAAACAAACAGAUUUGAUGUAAUAUUGAAUAGUUCCUAAUAGAUACAAGGACCUUUUCUCAGGCAAUAUAACCGAUGAAGAUAACACUACUUUUGUAU